AUGAGUGUCGGCAAGCACACAACACAUUGGAAGGACUUCCGCGAUCUUGUGCAGAACUCCCUGUCAAGCCAACAGAAGAAGCCUGUCCCGGCUCUGAUUGAGCACUUCGAUUACAAAGACGGCGAGAUGGACCUACUGUCAUGGCUCAAGGGCACCAAAGACUCUCGAUGCGGUGAUUUGCGCGAUCGUGUAUACGGCCUAAUGGGCCUAGUUUCCGAGAAGGAUCGAAGGAAAUUACCAGUGGAUUACAGUAUUAGCAAGCAGCAGCUAUACACUGGUCUGGCAAUGUACUGGCUUACAGCUUCAGGCUGGAGACCGGGCUCUGUCAAACCACUACCACUAAGUGGAAGGCUAGAACUCACAGACACCAACGGGAGAUCAGUGCACGGCCUGCAACUCACGCGCUCUAGAGAUUCCCAGUCAAGACAACAGGAUCUCCCAUACGGUGAUACCCAUUUGUACAUAUGUCUGGACUGGCAGGCAGCCCUAGCACUGAAUAAGCAUGCGACUGCUAUCUACAGCCUUCGUGACAAAUUCAGCAUCGUUUGUGCUCCUCUGGGUGCGAAUGUACCGUCAAAUUCUGGAGAUGCGUUGUGGAUUGAAAGUCGUCUAGAGCUUUUCGAGGAAGACAUCGCCGAGCACUGGCUGAUGGAUCUGUUCUUCUAUGGAAAUAGAGCUGGCUCAGCCUACGCUGAGUUGUUGCGAGGAUCAAAGAUGAACGAACGCUGGUCAAAAUAUCUGCCUCACGCAUCAGCUGCUUGCGAAGUACUCAACUUACCACUCAAAAUACAUACUGAAGAAGAUUACCGACAUCCUAGAAUAGCAGAGAUGAUAGAAUUAUCGGAAGAUGCUAAGGAUUUUGUCGACCAGGCCAAGGGCCCUUGGGAGAGUCGGAGCAGUUCAGAGUCUCUGGACUUGAUCUCCGAUUCAUCCCAAUGGCUUUACUCUGUACCAGAAGCGGAUGACGUAAGACUGGCUAUGCGCAUUGAGCAGGCCCAUGCAGCCAAAUUGGAGACGGCUUCUCCGCCAGAAGAGCUGUGGACCCACCUCAGAAAACUCAAGAUUGAUCCAAAGUUCACGCUCGAGCAGAACUGGAGCAUUGUGAUGAUUCACGUCUUGACCAUGGAGAUGGUGGCACGUCUACGAGGCUGUUUACAACAACGACUCAUUCUGAAUGCUAUUCGCGAAAAGAUGAGGCAUCCGGAGGAGAUAUACCUUAUCUAG